AUGCUAUCAGUUAAUGCAGUAGAGGGCAGCCAAGAGGCAGAAGCAAUUAAGCUGCUAGGGGUUCAAAGGAACAGACAAUUGGUCAUUUUAAUUGAUAGUGGCAGUACCAGCAGCUUCUUGGACAAAAGAAUAGCCACUGAAUUGAAGCUACCACUGGUAGAUACACCAAUAACCUCUGUCACAGUGGCAGAUGGACGGAAGAUCAUUUGCAGUUACAAGUGUGAGAAGUUUGUUUGGAAGAUGCAAACUCACCAGUUUACCUUUGAUGCGAGGGUACUGGAACUAGGAGGAUUCGACAUGAUCUUGGGAGUAGAUUGGCUCCGAUCCCAUAACCCAGUCCUAUUUGAUUUCAUGGAAUCUGAAAUAUUCUUUGAGAAAGACGGGAAGAUAAUUUCUCUGGAAGGAAUCAAGGAUGUGGCUGCCUAUAUAUCCCUAUGCUGCACUGAAGAGUUAAUGGCCAAGAAAGGGAUGGACUUCCAAACACCAGUUUUCUGCAUCAGUAUUUCAAACCCACAACAGUAUGAGCAGAUAACCAGUACUCAGUUUCCUGCUCAGCUCCAACAUUUGUUAAAAGCAUUCAGUGCCAUAUUUGCUGAGCCCACCAGUCUGCCCCCAUUUAGGAGUCACAAUCAUGCCAUUCCACUGCUGCCAUCCACCAAGUCCGUUAACGUUAGGCCUUACAGAUAUCCUCACUUUCAGAAAAAGGAAAUUGAGAAGCUGGUGUCGAAAAUGCUGGAGUCUUAGAAAAAGGAUGACUCUUGGAGAUUCUGCAUUGAUUACAAAAAGCUGAAUGAAAGUACUGUAAAAGAUAAGUUCCCUAUCCCUAAGUAUAGAGGACCUUUUAGACAAACUUCAUGGGGCAAGAGUUUUCUCCAAAAUUGAUUUGAGAGCUGGCUACCAUCAUAUCAAGAUGAAUUCCUCAUAUAUUCCUAAGACUGCAUUAUGAUGAGUUUAGAACUCAUCAUGAGCAUUUCCAGUUCACCUCACCAAUGGCCCGACAACAUUUCAGGCCUUGAUGAAUCACAUUUUUAAGCCAUUUUUGAGAAAAUUUGUCUUGGUAUUUUGAUGAUAUCCUUAUUUAUAGCCCGGAUAUGCAGACUCACCUACAACACUUGAAAACUGUGUUUCGAGUAUUACAGGUGAACUAGCUUUAUGCAAAACAAUGGUGACAUGGCCAACUCCAAAAUCAGUAAAAGACUUGAAGUGCUUUUUGGGCCUAAUUGGUUACUAUAGAAAAUUUGUUAAGAAUUACGGUGUGAUUGCAAAACCCCUCACCGACCUGCUAAAAAAAAUUCAUUUCACUGGUCAAUGACGGCGUAGACAUGAUAUGCAAUACAAACCCUUGUCAACUCAACAUGGAUGACAAAUGUCCUUGAAAGUUAUCAAAAAGAUGUGGCAGCCACUGAAAUCGUGAGAAAAUUGUCCCUGGAUAAGGAUGCUCAGUCUGGAUAUCAGUUACAGAAGGGAUUGUUAUGGUUCAAAGGCAGGAUCUAUGUGGGAGAAAAUACAGAUUUAAGAAAGCAACUGUUAGAGUUGUACCAUAAUUAAACCCUAGGGGGCCAUUCUAGAGUGAAUGCUACCUUUCAAAGACUGAGGAGACAUUUUUCUGGCCUGCUAUGCUAACCACAGUUCUUCAAUGGGUUAAAAAAUGUGAUACCUGUGCAAGAUGUAGAUCAGAACACUGUAAUCCUCAUGGAUUGUUGCAACCGCUAUCCAUUCCUGCUCAGGCUUGGCAGGACAUUACUAUGGACUUUGUGGAGGGCCUCCCUAAAUCCUGUGGUAAGAAUGUUGUGCUAGUAGUAGUGUGUAAACUUACUAAAUAUGGGCAUUUUAUUGCUUUAAAGCACCCAUACUCGGCUGCAACAUUUGCAAGGUUGUUCAUCGAUAAUGUGGCCCGAUUACACGAACUUUCUUAGUCCAUUAUCACAGACAGGGACAAGAUUUUUACCGGCCUAUUUUGGAAAGAGUUGUUCCAGUGUUUGGGCACUAAGCUAUCGCUCUCAAACGGAUGGGCAGAUCGAGAGAUUGAAUCAGUGUCUGAAAAUGUAUUUGAGGUGCAUGUCUCACUCUUAUCCUACAGUAUGGCCAAUUGGUUGACUUUUGCAGAAUGGUGGUACAAUACUUCCUUCCAUAGUGCUCUCAAAAUGUCUCCUUUUGAGGCACUCUAUGGAUAUAGUCCUCCUCCUUUACCUCCCCUAUUAACACUACAACCCCUAGCGGUAGGCGUUGUGGAAGAAUUCUUGUAGCAGAGACAACAGGUGACCACACAAGUGAAAGAAAACUUACAGCUUGCUCAAGAUACAAUGAAGUUGUAUGCUGAUAAGAAGAGAAUAGAAAGAGAAUUUGAAGUAGGAGACUGGAUAUAUCUAAAGUUGCAGUCGUAUAGACAAACAACCUUGGCUUUGAAACAGUCCCUUAAGUUAGCAGCCAAAUAUUAUGGGCCCUUUCAAGUGCCGAAAAGGAUUGGAAAGGUAGCUUAUAAACUGCAACUACCCCUGGCAGCUCUACCCACUCAAUUUUUCAUGUUUCCUUACUUAAAUCAAAACUAGCACAACAGGAGGUACCACUAAGUGAACUACCUCUAGAAGUAGAUGAAAGUUUCCUGGUAGCUCCGGAAAAGGUAUUGCAGACUAAAACUGUGACCCGAAGAGAGCGAAGGGUUUUGAUGGUUGAUUAAAUGGGUUAACUGUCCCACAAAAGAUUUCACCUGGGAAGAUCAGACCUUCAUUCUCUCACAGUUUUCAACUUUUGCACAUUCUUAGGUACAAGAAAGUGCUUAUGGGGAGGGUAUUGUUACACAUUAUAGGAAGAAGAAGAAGUACAGAAAUAAAAAAGAAGGAACUGAGAGUUAGGAAAUUGGCGGGAAAAGUUGUUCUGUUUGGCAAAUAAACUCCAACCCCAGUUGUUAUAAGAGCCACGGAGAGCCUUUACACAGGGACAUUUAAGAUCAAAGAAAUAA